AUGGCGAACGAGCAGGAUUACUUUGCUAGACAGGGCGCGUUGCAAGUAAACACACAGCAGAACAUGUCGAAUACAUGUCCGCCAGAUAUGACAGCAGAGGAGGAGGCGGUCGGCGACCUAGACGAACCCCCUGAACCUCGCGCGCAACGCCCUGCGCCCCUGGUGCUCCAGCAUUCCUCCUCCACAUCCUUCACCAAAUCGAAACCCGUCAUCGAUCGCAAAGCAUCGCUCCUUACCUCGGCGCUCAAGUCGGGCUCGAACGCGAGCUCGCCUGUUGAGGAACACUCGGAUGCGAGCCCCGUCCGCGGCAUGUCGUGCGUCUCGACAUGGAGUAACAACAGCGGCACCGCAGAUCUCACUAGCGAUGGAGGCUUCACGAGCCCUGGCACACGGCCCUGCACGCCGAGCCCGCCACUUCCUUCGGCAGCGUUCCACAGCAUGCUGCCCACGUUCAACAACAAGCCGUUGGAGCUACCCAUCUCCGUGGUCUCACACGACGACGAGAACAUCACCCCAGUACCACCCAAGACCGCGCCCGCUCAGAGCACCGAGCAGAGCAUCGAGGCUGUUCUGGGAAGGAAGAGGCGCAUCAUGUUUGCGUGCGGGUCCAAGGAGGACAAGAAGCCAGCAGAGGCACCUGCGAAGCCCGCGCCUGCUCCUGCUCCUCAGGCCGAAGAACCCCCCAAGCGCGUCUGCACCAUCAAGUUCGCGUGCCCGUCCAAGCCAUCUACAGAAGCAGCGCCGAAACCCCGCCGCAUGGCCAGCCCCGCACCGCCACCACGCCGGAUACCCUCGUCUCCCAAGCCAACCACCAAAGUCCAUCGCGACUCCGAUUCUACUGUCCGCAACAAUUCCCCCGUGAGCGUGCGUAAAGUCCGCCCGGUUGACCACACGCGGCGCUUGAGUUCCAACUCCGACCUUGCCCGCUGUGAAGCAUACCGGUUCCACGAGUUUGCUAGCUCAGAAGAGGAGGUCGAAGAGUGGACUCAAGAAGUUACCUGCCAUCGAAGCCGGCUUACGGUCCAGGAUACGCUCAAGAUUGAGAACAACCUGCGUAAGCUAGGCGAGGAGGUUGCUGAAGAGGAAGCCAUCGAUGAAGAGGACGAGGACGACGAUGAGGACAACGUCGAAAUGGAUGACGACGAUGACGAUCUGUUAGACGAGGAUGAAGACGAUGCCGCGUACAGCGACGCGACUGACGAGGGUUUCCAGACUGAUGAUGAGAACGGAUUUGCCGUCUCAGACGAUGACAGCGAUGCCGGGUCUGACUACGACUGGUGGGCGCCUGGAGCAUCAACUGCAGCGACAUCUGUAGAGCAUCUGGAACAGCUUCGACUGAAGACUCACCGAACCGUCUCUGAAUCAUCGAUCGGGUCUUUGGAAAGCCGCGAAGGUCUCAAGAUCAUGGACAAGCCUUCCAAGCGCAGAAAGUCAUCGAAGCCGGUCAAUAUCCGCGUUCCCACCCCUGAGCUGCCUGACAGCACAGACUUCGUCUGCGGUACGCUUGAUGAGGAUAGGCCGGCUGAAGCUGCGUACAUGUCGACACUUGAACGUCGACGUGCGGCCAAGCACAAGCCUACUCCACAGGACAUCGACCCUACGUUCCCGACAUCGGAUCCCGAGCUACCUGAUGAUGAUGAGGAUGAGGUCUCAGAAGACGAGAAAGCUUCCGAGACUGAUCAUCUCAUGAUUCAUGGCCGCAUGGACCCCGUCAACAUCGAUGGACGAGGUCGCCGCAAAGAGGUUUCAAAGAAGCGAUCUCCUCUGCCGUCACCGAAGCGCUUGCGAUCACCUCCACCAGCGAAGCGUGCUGUGCACCGUUCUCCCCCACCACGCAAGCUGUUUGGAAACUCCCCCAAGCGCCACCAUUCUCCUCCGCCUCCAAUGCGCCUUAGGUCUCCACCACCUACACGUCGCGGCUCCGUCAACCCUGUGAACAUGACCACACGUCAGCGCAGCGAUACCUCCAUCCGCUUCGCCGGCAUCGCCGAGCGCCCUGCACCCACAGUCUCAGCCUCUGUCCCACGCACCCCCAUCACCAUGAGGAAUCCAUUCGACCUCGACGAGGACGAAGACGCCGACGGUUCCGACAUGCCCAUCCGCCGCGCCAUCGACAUCAAAGUCGGGCUCGAGAAGAAGAGGCAACGACGCAAGGAGAAGCUGUACCGCAAGCAACACCGCAAAGGUGCCAAAGAAAAGCGUCCCGCUCCUGGUCGCGGCGCAGAACGCAUGCGCGAGAUGGGCCUCGCGGUACACGCUCACAAAGGCAAGACAAAUGCCUUUCAACCGUUUGGAAUCCGCAAAGAUGCGGAUGAGGAGGACAUGCACGUGCUGUCGGCAUAA